UCACUUUUGGAAAUCCAUAUUUUUACAAGGAAUCCCUUCUUUUCUCCACUACUUAUUACAUAUAAAUACUAUAAAAGUUAUUCUGUUUCUGCCCAUUUUACUCUCACGAUGCCACGAGAAAUUAAAGAAAUCAAAGAUUUCCUUUUGAAAGCCAGAAGGAAGGAUGCUAAGUCUGUAAAAAUAAAGAAGAACUCAGAAAAUGUUAAAUUCAAAGUCAGAUGUUCAAGAUUUUUGUAUACCCUCGUAAUUACAGACAAGGAAAAGGCAGAAAAAUUGAAACAGUCAUUACCUCCAGGUCUUCAAGUAAAGGAAGUAAAAAGAAGUGAACGUAUGUAAUUAAUCAAAUAAAGUAAUGUUUUAAAUGUA